AUGACUGCAUUACCACCCGGUAGCAACGGGCCUUCUAUCACAACUUCUAGCUCUUUAACACAACUAUUAUUCUUCGACACUGUAACAGCUAAUUCUACCAACCAUGAAGAUCCGCCAACAGAAUGUAUAAGGUUUCACCAGCGCGUUGUAUUGUCAGAGAUUAACAUAGUUCCCAAAAACUUCAAACCAUUUCAGAAUACACGCAAGAGUAAUUUUGUUGGACAAACCUCACCACCAAAGUUUGAUCUACACCUCCUAAUUCACAAAACUCUGACAGCUGAACAGCAAAAGUCGCAGGAUAAACGUUCCGUUAACUUGCCUUUACAUCCGUUAACGAUAUCCUAUGAUGAACGACGAGGAUUUCAAAGUUACGACGUGAAGUUAUCACCGGAGGCAACCACGCGUUUUAUCAUUCUCAGAGGCAACUAUCAGGCAGUGACGUUGUGUAUAUAUGGUCGAGUGUUGGAAAGUACCAAGACAUUGAAUACAAAGAGUAAAGAUACGCCUGUCUCUAUUGAGCUACCAAUAUCUUCUCAGAGAAUGGAUCAGUUGCAUGCAUUGAGAAAUAACGGAGAAAUUAUAGUGUACUCCAUAUCACCUGAUGAAAAUCUUUCAACUCGAACGUUGAGAUGUUUCUUGGAAGACGACUAUCAGAUUUCUUGGAAAUUUUUGCAAACAUAUACGCAACAAGCCAAAUCUAUGAUUGACAUUUUGGAUAGAGAUGAUUUUGAUCAAAUGGACAUUGAAGAUCCUUAUAUAAAAAACAGUAGAUAUAAUUUAACAGAAUUAUUGAAUCAGAUUGCUGAUGUGAUAGUGGAGGGCUGUGUAUGGGCCCUGAAUCAUGAAGAAUCCUAUGUUGAUGUAUUAAAUAUCACUGAAAAGGCUAUAUUGUUUGGAUGCGAUUUGCCAUCUGGAAAG